CACACGAAGAAGAGAAGCUCCGCACCUUACGCAAACGGCCGAUAGCAAGCAAGCACACAAACAGCUGAUCGAUAAUCAACAAUAGCGGCGGACUGACCACGAUAUAAACAUUGUACACGCACCUGGACAUUUAACGACUAGAAUUUGGACUUAAACGCUCAAUGUACAGUUAAAGAAGGCAUACUGCCAGACUCUUUUAAGAAAAGGAUAAGCGUCUCAAGAUUUGACAAGCUGGACUCGGACGCUAGCAAGCUAAUAUUACCAAAAACAACGACGCAAAAGAUGGUUUUACACGCUGUUUGAACGCAUGGCGCUAGGUUUUUCCUAACAGAUCGUAGCUGCGUGUGCGUGGAGGGGGGAAAUGUAUGGUGCGGUUUACAUUGUGUCCACGGUGACCGGCUACGUCCUCACCUCCGCGCUGCUGCUCAAAUGUCCAACGCUACUGCACCGCAAGAAGAGAGAGAGGUUCCACAGCAAGCACAUUUCUCAUCGUGGAGGAGCAGCCGAGAACCUAGAGAACACAAUGGCGGCUUUCAAACACGCCGUGGCUUUGGGCACAGACAUGUUGGAGCUCGACUGCCACCUGACGAAGGAUGAGCAGGUUGUGGUGUCACAUGACCCACAUCUGCAGCGAGCAACUGGCAUUAACGCCUACAUCUCCGACAUGGCAUAUGCGGAGUUGCCGCCAUACCUCUGCAAACUGGCUGUAACCUUUGAAAGGGAGUGUUUUUGCGAGGCGGGAGAGGACAAACGCAUUCCUCUGCUCAAGGAUGUUUUCGAAGCAUUUCCCAACACCCCUGUCAACAUUGACAUCAAGGUCGACGACGACACACUCAUCAAGAAGGUGUCCGAGCUGGUCGCAAAAUAUGACCGAGAGCAUCUUACAGUAUGGGGCAAUGCCAGCAACCAGAUCGUCAGGAAAUGUUACAAAGAGAACCCUCGCAUUCCUGUGUUGUUUAGCUUUCCCAGAGUGUUGCAGUUGUUGGGCCUCUUCUAUACCGGCCUGCUCCCUUUUGUUCCCUUAAAGGAACAGUUCUUGGAGAUCCCAAUGCCCAAUAUUGUUAACAAACUUUAUGAUCCAAACAGAAUAACCAAGAGUCAGCGUCUCAUCACCUGGCUUGCAGACAGCUUGUUGAUGAGGAAAGCUCUCUUCCAGCAUCUGACUGCGAGGGGAAUACAGGUGUACAUUUGGGUGCUGAAUGAUGAAGAAGACUUCCAGAGGGCAUUUGAUUUGGGAGCCACAGGAGUUAUGACAGAUUUUCCCACCAGGCUUAAAGACUUUUUGGAUCGGAAUGGCCUUUCCAAGCCUCAGUGACUUCCCUACAGCCACUUCAGUUCCCUCAUAAUUGCGAUAAUAUUGGGUUUUUUCCACUACCAAUAACAUUGAACCAAAAAAAAAAAUUGAAUGUACAACCCCAAUUCCAAUGACGUUGGUACGUUGUCCAUCCAUCCAUUUUCUGAGCCGCUUCUCCUCACUAGGGUCGCGGGCGUGCUGGAGCCUAUCCCAGCUGUCAUCGGGCAGGAGGCAGGGUACACCCUCAACUGGUUGCCAGCCAAUCGCAGGGCACAUAGGAACAAACAACCAUUCGCACUCACAGUCAUGCCUACGGGCAAUUUAGAGUCUCCAAUUCAUGCAUGUUUUUGGGAUGCGGGAGGAAACCGGAGCGCCCGGAGAAAACCCACGCAGGCACGGGGAGAACAUGCAAACUCCACACAGGCGGGGCCGGGGAUAGAACCCGGGUCCUCAGAACUGUGAGGCUGACGCUCUAACCAGUCGGCCACCGUUGGUAUGUUGUGUUAAACAUAAAUAAAAACAGAAUACAAUGAUUUGCAAAUCAUGUUCAACCUAUAUUUAAUUGAAUACACUACAAACACAAGAUAUUUAAUGUUCAAACUGAUAAACUUUGUUUUUAGGAAAUAAUCAUUAACUUAGAAUUUUAUGGCUGCAACAUGUUCCAAAAAAGCUGGGACAGGGUCAUGUUUACCACUAUGUUACAUCACCUUUUCUUUUAACAACAUUCAACAAAUGUUUGGGAACUGAGGACACUACUUGUUGAAGCUUUGUAGGUGGAAUUCGUUCCCAUUCUUGCUUGAUGUACAGCUUCCGUUGUUCAACAGUCCAGGGUCUCCGUUGUCGUAUUUUAGGCUUCAUAAUGCGCCACGCAUUUUCAAUGGGAGACAGGUCUGAACUGUAGACAGGCCAGUCUAGUACCCGCUCUCUUUUACUACAAAGGCACGCUGUUGUAACACGUGCAGAAUGUGGUUUGGCAUUGUCUUGCUGAAAUAAGCACGGGCGUCCAUGAAAAAGACGUUGCUUGGAUAGCAGCAUAUGUUUCUCCAAAACGUGUACGUACCUUUCAGCAUUAAUGGUGCCUUCACAGAUGUGUAAGUUACCCAUGCCAUUGGCACUAACACAGCCCCGUACCAUCACAGAUGCUGGCUUUUCAACUUUGCGUCCAUAACAGUCCGGAUGGUUCUUUUCCUCUUUGGCCCGGAGGUCACGACGUCCACAAUUUCCAAAAACUAUUUGAAAUGUGGACUCGUCGGACCACAGAACACUUGCCCACUUUGCAUCACUCCAUCUUAGAUGAGCUCGGGCCCAGAGAAGCCGGCGGCAUUUCUGGGUGUUGUUGAUAAAUGGCUUUUGCUUUGCAUUGUAGAGUUUCAAGUUGCACUUACGGAUGUUGCACCGAACUGUAUUUACUGACAUUGGUUUUCUGAAGUGUUCCUGAGCCCAUGUCGUGAGAUCCUUUACACAUUGAUGUCGGUUUUUGAUGCAGUGGAGCCUGAGGGAUCGAGGGUCACGGCCAUUCGAUGCUGGUUUUCGGCCUUGCCGCUUACAUGCAGUGAUUUCUCCAGAUUCUCUGAACCUUUUGAUGAUGAUAUGGACCGUAGAUGAUGAAAUCUCUAAUUUCCUUGGAAUUGUACGUUGAGGAACAUUGUCCUUAAACUGUUCGACUAUUUUCUCACACCCUUGUUCACAAAGAGGUGAACCUCGCCCCAUCUUUGCUUGUGAAUGACUGAGCAAUUCAGGGAAGCUCCUUUUAUACCAAUCAUGGUUCCCAAUUAGCCUGUUCACCUGUGGGAUGUUCCAAACAGGUGUUUGAUGAGCAUUCCUCAACUUUCUCAGUCUUUUUUGCCACCUCUCCCAGCUUUUUUGGAAACUGUUGCAGCCAUAAAAUUAAAAGUUAAUGAUUAUUUGCUAAAAACAACAAUGUUUAUCAGUUUUAACAUUAAAUAUCUUGUUUUUGUAGUCCAUUCAAUUAAAUAUAGGUUGAACACGAUUUGCAAAUCAUUGUAUUCUGUUUUUAUUUAUGUUUAACACAACGUCCCAAUGUCAUUGGAAUUGGGGUUGUAUUUGUGACAUUUGCCGUAGUUACUUAUUAAAUGUUCAAUAUUGGACGUUAAUACCAGCAGAUGCAGCUGCCAAUCACAAUUUACCUCAUGUCUUAUUUCAUGGCAGAUACUCUGUAUUUGGUCCCUUUUUAAAAUUUGUCUCCAUACGUGUGCACUGAUAGCAAUGUUUGCCUGAAUACAUAACAUUUUAAAAUCUAGUAAGCCAUUUGCAUGAGCAAGAAUAUUUUUACGUUUUUAUUUUUUUAAUGAGUUUCACUGUUGUCUUUUUUCACAUUUAAAAAAGAUCAUUUUGUAAUUUAAAUACAACAAUAUGACAUGAUGAUUGACUUUGCGGAUAAUCAACUUGAUGAUUAUCAAACUACUGAUAUUCUCCAAUCCAGAUGUGUGACCAAACAUCUUGUGGCAUUAUUGAAUGUAGCAUUGGAUGAAUUUUUGCCAUUUGCUGUUUAUUGUUUUUGGUGAGAUUAGCUAGUACUAGUAUUCAGAUAGCAGAUCUGAAAGCAAAUGAAAUUGCUGUACAUUAUUUGUAUGAAGUCAUUUUUGCAUGCACGAUUAUUUACUGUUGUGUUUUUGUAACUUGACCUCAAUGUUGACAAUUUCACUUCUUUUUCAUGUUUAAUUUACAUAAGUGACGAGCUGUGUUGUAUCUCACCUAUUUUGUAGAAAUAAUAAAAUGUAGACUUUGAUCUA